CUCCGUGCCUUCGCCCCACGCAGAGGACGACCAGUCCAGUCAAAAGAUCGCACCUUUCAGCUCCGCCUCCACCUUCCUCGUCUUCCCUUUUAAGCCUCCCUUCGCUUCGCGUCCCCUCCUCAACUUCCCUCUUCCCGACGCGACGCGCUCCGACACCGCAGCAGCAGCAGCAGCAGCAGCGAAGAAGAAGAAGAAUUUUCAAAGAAAUUCAAGUGGGGCGGUCCGCAGUUGGGUUUUUGUUCCUGUUUUUUUCGUGGGGCGAGACAUGAUGGGGUUGUGGUCCAAGGAGGAGCGGUCGAGAAGGGUGCUGCGGGGGGUGAAGACCGUCUUCUUCCUCAUCACCAUGCUCAUCUCCCUCCUCCUCUUCUCCGCCCCGAUCCUCCUCGUCAUCGCCGACGCGCUCUUGCCCUCGGCCCUGCUCUCCGCCUCGCUCUCCCCCUCCUCGCCGUCCCUGCAGGACGGGCUCUCCGCCCACUUCGCCGACUACGACUUCCGAUACUCCCUCAUCGAUAUCCCCCUCGUGUCGAUCGUCAGAUCGGCUAUCAUCAUCUGUGUGUACAGCUUGUGUGAUGGACCGAGGCUUUCAAGAGGGCCGUACUUGGGAAUCACGACCGUUUGCUCAUUGCUGUCCCUGGCGUUUGUCUCGUUGAAGGCUUCCUACGUGCUCAGUGUACCGAAUACAAGCAGAGGAGGAUAUGCCAGAGCUUUGGAGAUGGCUCUGUUCAUGUCUUCUUGGCUUCUGGCGAUUGGCCAUGUCGUUGUGGCGUAUAAGAUCAGUUGCCGGGAAAGAAGAAAGCUUCUCGUUUACAAGAUUGACAUUGAAGCUGUCUCCGCUUGCAAGAAUGGGUUCCCCAGAUAUCAGAAGAUUCUCCAGGAAGAGAGAGAGAAAUGAAAGUUGAAAAAAAACAAAGGGUUGGUUGGGGAUUUGACAGGAGGAGGAGGAGGAGGAGACUAACACACACCCAACUUCUGAUUUUUCUUCCCAUUUAGCUCUGUCACGUUCGGACAGGAUCGGGUUUCGGGCAACUGGUUGAUCCAAACAAACGUUGACAAUUAGGUCCGCAGAGCUACAUAUAUUAAACAUCGUAAUGAAUGGCGGGCGACUACACGGGGGAGGGCCGUUGAUUUUGGUGCGCACCGCAGACGAAUCCAAGAAGAGGGAAGUCGGAUUCUGACCCUCAGGGAGUCAAAUCUAACAGGCGACGAGGCGGCUUUAGACACAUUCGCGAAAAUGACUCGGACGAACCACAUGCUCUGUACUGCACAUAGGGUUCCGUCAGUCAUUGUUAGAGUUCAUAGAUUUUUUUUCUUUAAUUUUUCUCGGUCCUAUCAAAUGUAAAGUCUGUAUAUUUGCUUAAAGGUGGAAGGGCUCAAAAUAUCAGUCCUAAAAUUUUUGUUUCUUUGUUCGAA